CCAGGCUUGGUGGCCCUUUCUUUUCCUUCCUGGCUUCCCCUUUGGGAGUGUAACGUUGUGUUCCCACUUGUACUGCCUUCUUUCAUUUCUGCUGGCAGUACGAGCAUCAUUAAGGAACCGCUCCUCAAUUUUCUUUGCCCAUAUUUGCUAUAAAUUCAGAAAGUACUUGUAAGUGUUCUUGAAAUUGCUAACUAAUGACCAAAUACAUCCCGUUUGCACUUCUCACGGACCCAAAGCGGUUAAAUCGGAAUCACUCUUGAUUCGAUCUAUUGCCUUGUGCGUAAUAACAAUAUAGUACGAUGUGUGAUGAUGUUGGUCAACUGAAAAUUACAACACGACAAUAAAAGAUUAAGAUUCUAGGUUCAAAAGGUCCACGAGAUCACAGAUUGGAAAAUACAUGUCCAUUGUGCUACAAUAAUAAUUAUUUACUCAGACUCUAGCGGCACGCAUAACAAAGAAAAUUCACUUACCAACGUAAACAGGGAACGUGAAGCUCUAUAAUUGAUCAACACUAACAUAGCACUACCACGCCAGUCCGUAAUGCAACGCGGCUCACAUUUAAACGUACGUCAAAACGCAACAUCACUUCCGUUGUCGAUACAAUACUGUCAGUACCUAAAAGAACGAAAAGUCAGUACAAUAGCGUUGCGCUAAAAAUAGAUUUUGUCACCUUUGGACCCCCCGCAUGACUCAGACAAAAAUUGCCAGUUCUUGUCUGCGUUUACCAAAAAACAUAUUUGUUCUAGGUAUUCCCCAGGAGGAUUGGGAGGACACAUUUUAAUAAUAAUUGCAGUAUUUAUAGAACAUGUAAUCUUUAAAUGUUUUACAUAUGGUGCCGUUUUUGUGGGUGGUGGAACAUGAUGCAUAAUGAAAGUGUAGGAAGGGGGGUUCUACACAAGUUUAUGCUGAAAAAAGUCGUGCUGGCUUCUCUUUUAGGCAGUGCCUAAAUCUAUAUAUUACAUUUACCUGAGUAGGAAGAAAAUUUGGUGUGGUGGGAAGGUUAGGGGAUGUUGAACCCCCAGUUGACUUCUACUUUGACAGAUAGUCAAUUUGUCUUUUUUAUCUUUUUACCAAACGUAACAAACGUGCCGAGGAUGACUGGAACGAGGGGUUUACGUCAUAUCAGGAACGGAAGUGACUCGCACAUUCUCAAAGCAACAGCGUUCAUGCGACUUCUACAAGACCAUAGCGAAACCAGUGCGAUUUAUUACAGAUUUUUUACGUAGAAAAAAGGUUUUUGAUCGACGAAAAUGUCCAAUCGGUGCAUUGUAUUCGGUUGUGGCAAUGUACCGUCGCAAAAAGAAGGGAUAUCCCUGCAUCUGAUACCAUUUUAUGGUGACGACCGACCCGAGGCAAAGAGUCGUAGAAGGCGCUGGAUCGAUUUCGUGAAGGGGAAUCGAGUAUGGAAGCCAGGUACAACUGCAUCGAUCUGCUCAAAGCACUUUUUGCCGAACGAUUUUCCAAACGUGUAUGCUGGUGAGGUGAGGAAAAAGCGGCUGAAAGUAGACGAUUUCGGCGUGUCUGUUUGGCCGACCGUGCAUAUGAGAAGGAAAGAUGAGGAGACAGCUCCCCAAACAAAACGCACCCAAAGAAUGACUGAUGUUAGCACUGGUUUGUUUAUGCCUGACACGUGGGCCAUCCCGUCAACUUCAUCCGCGCCUGAGACUGCUGUAGCCACUGCUGAAAGUGACGCUGAGAUUGAACCCUUUGAUAAUACCACAUCUGUACCUGAGACUAUGUAGAUGAACUGUACAUGUUCCUGCUACAAUCGAGUGAAGAUGAGCUGGCUUCAGCAAUAAAUGAACUACAGGAGCUGACACCAGCGCCAAUGGUCUCUAUGAUGGAGAGAGAGUCAAGAGAGGUGGCCUUGGAAAGGCAUUCAAA